GAUGAAACAAUAUCAAGUAUUCUUAUUGCACAUAUAUGUGUACAUAUUCGAAUAAAACAUCGCAAUACUCGUUCAAUAUCACAAGUACUAAUUGAUUUGGUUAGUUAUUUCCAAAAUAAACAUGGCGACUUUCAUGAAAAUGGUUGCAAAUAGUGAUAUUUUAUCAAUAGCUUUAAAAAGGUAUAAAUGUUUUAUUCCUAAUGGAUCAAUAUUAGUUACAAGAGAUUAUUCUAUCUCUGCUAAAAAUCAUGAAAACUAUGAUAUUAUUAUUACUGGGGGUGGUAUGGUUGGAACCACACUUGCUUGUGCAUUAGCAAACAACAGAAAACUUGAAUGUAAGAAGAUACUUUUACUAGAAAGUGGUAAACAAUUUGAAUAUAAAUUUGAAGAAAAGUAUUCCAAUCGUGUAGUUGCUUUGAAUCAACAAACACGUACUUUACUUUCAAGCAUAGGAGCUUGGCAACAUAUUAAAGCAACACGUUAUUGUACAGUACAAAAAAUGCAGGUUUGGGACGCGUGCUCUGAUGCUAUGAUUGUAUUUAAUGAAGAUUAUUUAACUAAAGAAAUUGCUUAUAUAGUCGAAAAUGACUUAUUACUACAUGCAGUUAAUAAGCAAUUGAUAGAUAAAGAAAAUGUAAAUGUAAUAUAUAAUUCCAAAGUUGAAAAUAUUAAAUUACCUAAAACGUUAGAAGAAAAUGCAGAAAUACAAUUGCAAGAUGGAACGAAAUAUAAAGCUAAAUUGUUGAUUGGAGCAGAUGGUGUAAAUUCAUUAGUACGACAAACAAUGGGUACACAAUAUGUGAAGUGGGAUUACAAUCAAAUGGCUAUAGUUGCUACUCUUAAAUUGUCAGAGCCUACAGAAAAUAUUGUUGCAUGGCAAAGAUUUUUACCAGCAGGGCCAAUAGCUCUACUUCCAUUAACAAAUUGUCUUAGUUCUCUUGUAUGGUCGUUACCAACAACUGAAGCAAAAAGACUUUUAAAAGUUUCAGAAGAAGAAUUUGUUGAUAGUAUAAAUAAUGCUUUAUGGAAAGUAUAUCCAAAAGAUGGUAUAGUUGAAAGUGGUAUGCGAGCACUUCAACAAUUACUUGAAGGUUUAUCUUUACAAACCGGCGUAGUAAAACAAUUACAACCAUCGGUGUCAGCUAUCAUAGAAAGAUCUCGUGCAGCUUUUCCUUUACAAUUUGGUCACUCUGUAUCUUAUAUUCAAACAGGAACUGUUUUAGUAGGUGAUGCAGCACAUAGAGUUCAUCCAUUAGCUGGUCAAGGUGUAAAUCUAGGUUUUGGAGAUGUAACAGUCUUAGUUCAACUUCUUGCAGAAGCUGUGAUAAACGGAGCUUCUUUAGGAGACAUGACAUAUUUAAGGAAAUAUGAAACAUUAAGGCAACGAUACAAUGUUCCGAUAAUGUUUACUAUUGAUGCAUUGCAUCGAUUAUAUAAAGGAACAGCGGCUCCUGUUGUACUAGCUAGAAGUUUGGGAUUACAAUUAACAAAUGCUAUCCCAGUGAUAAAGAAAGCCCUGAUAGAACAUGCCUCUGGUCAAAUAGGAAAUCGAUAAUACCAACAGUUAAUGUAAAUAUUUAUUAGUAAUAAUGUGGUAUUAAUAAAACUUUUAAUAGUAAUUAUGUGUUUAAUAAAAAUUUUAAAAUG